AACAGGUAAACUUUAUACUGUAAGCUUCAUUCCCUUUAUAACAGGUUGAUUGAUUGUGGUUCCCCUCUACUCAAUGACUUACGGUGGAGCGCUCAGGUGAAGCACAUGUGAUUGACAGGUAAAGGACACCAGAGACCUAAGGCAGAAUCACCCGCAGGACGGUCAGCUGCUGCUGCAGGAAAUAACACUACAAAAGAUCUUCCCCAGUCUGGAGGUAUCUGCACCCCGGUGUGCAUUAUGAUGGAGAACAGGUCCUCAUGUCAGUUGGAGCAGCUGUCAUGUGCAUGUCUCUUGGACUCUGACUGCCACUGGAUGAUCCGCAAUGGCAUGAGCGCCCCAAUCAGACACAGAGCCAACGGUGCAGUGGGCGCCUUGUGCAACAGUCCUAACUGCUUGGUUGCCACCAGGCUUGACAGUUCCCAGCAGGAUCACAAUGGGCCGGGGAGGGUACUGGUCACCGGAGGGGCCGGAUACUUUGGAUUUAGGCUGGGAAAAGCUCUGGCCCGCCAAGGGGUCUCCGUCAUACUGCUAGAUCUCCACAAGCCACCUUGGGACAUCCCAGAUGGAGCUGUCUUCUAUCAGAAUGAUAUCCGGGAUUUUGAUGCCUUGUAUAAGGUCUCUGCAGGAGUGAAUGUUGUAUUCCACACUGCUUCCUAUGGAAUGUCAGGUCCUGAACAGCUAAGGAAAAAGCAGGUUGAAUCCAUCAAUGUUGGCGGCACAAAUAAUGUGAUAAAUGUUUGUAUAGAGCGAGGCAUUUCAAGACUGAUCUACACCAGCACAGUGAAUGUUGCAUUUGCAGGCAGACCUAUUGAGGAUGGAGAUGAAGAAUCAGUUCCGUGUGUACCACUGGAAAUGCACAUAGAUCAUUACUCUAGGACUAAAGCUAUUGCCGACAGCAUGGUGCUUGCUGCAGACGGAAGAACAAUUAAAGGUGGUGGCCUUCUUCACACAUGUACGCUUCGUCCCUCUGGUAUCUAUGGUCCUGAAGAGAGAAGACAUUUACACAGGGUGAUGAUAAAUGUGGAGAGGAGGUUGUUUAGCUUUCGUUUUGGAAACCCAAAUGCCAAGAUGAACUGGGUUCAUGUGGAUAAUCUGGUGAUGGCACAUGUUUUAGCAGCAAAAGGGCUCACAGCGGAGAAAGCCUUUGUUGCGAGUGGGCAGGCCUACUUUAUCAAUGAUGGGGAGUCUGUCAAUGUCUUUGAAUGGUUGACACCUUUGUUUAAAAGACUGGGCUAUAGGCGACCACUGAUUCACAUUCCUGUGUCACUGGUCUACACAGCAGCAAUUCUUAUGGAGCGAUUGCAUGUAGCCCUGAGUCCCAUUGUGGAAAUCCCAUUGCUUUUAACGAGAAAUGAGGUGAGAAACAUUGCAGUCAGUCACACCUUUAAAAUUGAGAAGGCACAGCGAGAACUGGGUUUCUCUCCUAAGAGGUACAGUUUUACCGACUCGGUGGAUCAGUACCUACGGAGCCGACCAUCGUGCCCUGCUGUGUCUCCUUCAAACACAGAGUACAUCCUCCUGCUGUUCCUGCUUCUUCUGAUGGGAUUCAUGGCCAUGAUGUAUUGCUCUGCACCGUAG